ACAAGCUCUCGGAGGCACCAUCGGGAAUUGGCGCAGUUCUUGGAGAAGACGAUGAUUGCAAUCUUCGAUUUCUCGAUUCUAUCCAAAAGCGCAGUUAGAUUAUCCCCUCGACGGAGUUUGUCGUCAAUGAAAGAGUCGAUCCCUCUCAGGCGGAGCGCUUUUUGGAGAUGACCGGUGAAGUUGUUGCGUGUGUCAAAGCCUCUGAAACUGAGAAACACAUCGAGCUCUGCAGAGGAAGCAGAAGGAAGAGACUCCAUGGAAGAGAUCCUAUUAAUGAAUCCGUCAGAUCCAAAGAUGCUGAAGCCUCCGCCUCCGUUAUGGAAGCUGCGUUUCAUAAACUCGCCGCGACUGACGAUAUUCACGGAUUCAAUGAUCGAGGCGGAUGAUGGUUCUCUAAUAGCAAUCGAGCUCGUUGACGCCGCCACGAACACUCGAGUCCACACCUUAAGCUCGGCAUCGUUCUCGCGGCUCGAGAUCGUAGCGCUGGACGCCGACAUCAACGAAAAAAGCUGGACCACGGAAGAGUUCAAUCGGAGUAUACUCCGGGAAGGGAAACGACCAUUGCUCGUCGGAGAUCUGACCGUGACGCUCAAAGACGGGGUCGGAGUGAUCGGCGGCGAUGUCGCUUUCACAGAUAAUUCGAGCUGGUCGAGGAGCCGGAAGUUCCGAUUAGGUGCUAAAGUCACCGGAGGAGGAGUUGUGGAGGCCAUAAGUGAAGCGUUCGUGUGCAAGGAACAUCCAGGGGCAGGAGAAUCUUAUGGGAAACACUUCCCUCCGUAUUCCGAUUCUGAGGUCUUGAAGCUAGACGACAUCGCCAAAAGCAGUGUUACAGAAUCGAGUUUCGUUGGCGGUAAUCUUUCCGAUCACCAGGAACAGCAGUUUCAGAUGUUUGGGUUUAGUCUUUCACCUCUCAGUGUCCACAAAGACUCACACAAGAUUAAGAGGAGGCAUAAGGUCAUACACACCACCGUGUCGGAUUUCAUGAACGUGGUUCAGCGACUCACCGGGGAUGUAAGAUUUCCAGCAAGGCCCUCAAUGCUGAUGCAAGAAGAUGAAUUAAACAUUGGCUUUGAAGAGUCUCAGAGCUUAUAUGUAGAUGAUGGACCGUUUGCUGAUGCAAGUGAUGUCUCUGCGGCUAUAAUCAAAGAUUAUGAUGUCGUAAUCAGAUACAGGAGAGGGGACAUAAGCAACGAAGAUUUCAUCAGCCAUCUUCGUGCUGCCUUUUGCCGGAGAGGGAUCUCUGUCAAUGAAGAAUUUCAUGAAGUGGAUGCAGUUCCAGAAUGUAGGGUUCUGAUCAUAUUCUUAACGAGCACAUAUGUCCCUUCCAACCUCUUAAACAUUCUUAAACACCAACGAAAAGAGAAUUGUAUGAAAGUGUUUAGAAAUAUCUAAUGUCAUUUCACUGGUCUGCAAUCAUUUAGUUUAUAUAACUUUGAUACUUCUUCCUUGUGUUUUUUUUUUUUUAUGAUUGUCUCGUCUGCUUUAAUCUUAUAAUCUCGCAGGUCCGAAUCUGAACUUAUAGAUGAGCUUGUCAGAGAUGCUUUGAAGGUGCUGUACUCCAAUGAUAAUGAGUUGAUGAUUGGGAUGGAUACGCAAGUAGAUGAGAUUUUGUCACUGCUAUGCAUUGACUCCCCAGAUGUUCGCAGCAUAGGUAUAUGGGGUACGGUUGGUAUAGGAAAAACAGCCAUUGCAGAAGAAAUCUUUCGUAGAAUCUCUGUCCAAUAUGAGACUUGUGUCUUCCUCAAGAACCUUCAUAAAGAAGUAGAGGUCAAAGGGCACGAUGCUGUGAAAGAGGAAUUUUUGUCUAAAGUUUUAGAGAUAGAACCACGUGUCAUUCAAGUUUCCGACUUUAAAACAAGUUUCUUGAGGAGUAGGAUUCAGUGUAAAAAGGUCCUCGUAAUUCUCGACGAUGUGAAUGAUUUCAGAGAUGUUGAAACCUUUUCGGGGAUGGUUAACUAUUUUGGUCCAGGAAGCAGAAUAAUCAUAACCUCUAGAAACAGACGUGUUUUCGUACAAUGUAAAAUCGAUCAUGUCUAUGAGGUCAAGCCAUUAGAUAUUUCUAAGUCUCUACUACUUCUUGAAUGUGGGAGAUCUCGAAGUGUUUUUUUACCUGAGGUUGACAAGACAUUGUCACUUGAGCUGAUCAAAUUUUCAAAUGGAAAUCCUAAGGUUCUUCUAUUCUUGCGUAUAUUGGUUAGAGAAUGGAAACUGUUAUCAGAAAAAUUUCAGAAAACCUCUCCUAUCUUCAUUCCAGGUAUAUUCCAAAGAAUCUGUUGUGAUCUUGAUGACUACGAGAGGAGUAUAUUUUUGGACAUUGCAUGUUUCUUUAGAAGGAUGGAUAAAGACGGCGUUGCAAUGUUGCUUGAUGGUUGUGGUUUCUCUGCACAUGUUGGAUUUAGAGGCCUUGUUGACAAAUCACUGUUAACCAUAUCACACAACAUGGUGGACAUGCUCAGGUUUAUUGAGGCAACCGGUCGAGAAAUUGUUCGCCAAGAAUCACCUGACAGGCCAGGAGACCGCAGCAGGUUGUGGAAUUCCGAAGAUAUAAGGAAUGUAUUCAUGCAUGACUCUGGCACAUCAGCUAUUGAGAGCAUUUUCCUGGACAUGUCGAAGCUGAAAAUGGAUGGAAAUCCCUAUGUAUUCAAAAAAAUGUGCAACCUCAGACUGUUAAAAUUUUAUUGCUCUGAAGAGAUAGAGAAUCGUGGAGUAUCUUUACCUCAAGGUCUUGAAUAUUUGCCAAGCAAGCAAAGGCUUCUGCACUGGGAAUAUUAUCCUUUAAGCUCCUUGCCGCAAAGUUUUGAUCCAAUGAAUCUUGUAGAGCUUAAUUUGCCAAAUAGCUCUGCAAAGAAACUUUGGAAAGGAAAAAAGAGUCUAGAACAGCUUAAAAAGAUGAGACUCAGCUACUCCUACCAGUUAGCAAAAAUCCCAAGACUUUCAAGUGCGCUGAAUCUUGAACAUAUUGAUCUUGAAGGCUGUAACAGUUUAGUGAGUAUCAGCAAGUCAGUUUCUUCUCUUAGAAAGCUUGUGUUUCUAAAUCUGAAGGACUGCUCGAAUCUGGAGAGUAUUCCAUCUACGGUUGAAUUAGAAUCUCUUGAGGUUUUGAAUCUUUCUGGCUGUUCGAAGCUAGAGAUUUUCCCGGAGAUCUCACCAAAUGUGAAACAACUUUACAUGGGUGGGACUAUGAUUCAAGAAAUUCCGUCAUCGAUUAAGAACCUGGUAUUGCUCGAAAAACUGGACCUGGAAAACAGCAGACACCUCGUGACUCUUCCAACCACCAUCUGCAAGUUGAAGCAUCUUGAAACACUAAAUCUUUCAGGCUGCUCAAGUCUUGAGCGGUUUCCAGACUUGUAUAGAAAGAUGAAAUGCUUAAAGUCUCUGGAUUUAAGCAGGACGCGCAUUAAAGAGUUAUCCUCCUCCAUCUCAUAUCUGACUGCCCUUGAAGAACUGAGAUUCGUAGACUGCAAGAACCUAGUAAGAUUGCCUGAUAACGCAUGGAGCCUAAGAUUCAAGGUUGAAUUUCGCCAGAUUGAUGCACAGCAGUUUUCAAAACUGUGGAAUAGAUUUGGAUGGCUCAAAAAAGUACAAAUCUCUUAGUUUCUACUUCAACUCUGUUGAAUGGACGCAACAUAGAGUGUACAGUAUUUACCAUCUCCAAUGUAAAAACUGAGCAGAACUAAUGGCUGAAUCUGCGAAAGUCUGAUUGAAUGUAGAGAGUCUGAUAUUCCUUGAGUAGUUAUCUAGUGGCUGAAUAUGCUUUCAUCAUCUGAAGAUGAAUGAAAAAUAUGGCUUUGUGUGCCCGUUUGCUUCUCUAUUCAAGAACUUUAUUUCUCA